AUGCGUUCAAGGUCGAACUUCGCUCUGGGCUUGGCUGCCACCGGAUCUUUGGUUGCUGCUGCUCCUUGCGAUCUUUACAAGAAUGGCGGCACUCCUUGCGUAGCAGCUCAUGGCACAACUCGUGCGUUGUACGAUGCCUACACUGGCCCUCUCUACCAAGUCAAGAGAGGUUCUGACGGUACAACCACCGAUAUCACUCCCUUGUCUGCUGGUGGUGUCGCCAACGCCGCUGCUCAAGAUUCUUUCUGCAAAGGCACUACCUGCCUGAUUAGCAUCAUCUACGAUCAGUCUGGCCGUGCAAACCACCUCUACCAGGCUCCUAAAGGUGCUUUCAGUGGACCUGAUGUCAAUGGACAAGACAACUUGGCUAGUGCUAUUGGAGCUCCAGUAACGCUCAAUGGCAAGAAAGCGUACGGCGUCUUCGUCUCGCCUGGCACUGGUUACAGAAAUGACGAAGUCAGCGGCACAGCAACUGGCAACCAGCCUGAAGGCAUGUACGCUGUCCUGGAUGGUACCCAUUACAACGACGCUUGCUGUUUCGACUACGGAAACGCCGAAGUCAGCAACACAGACACUGGCAAUGGACACAUGGAGGCCGUUUACUACGGCAACAACACAGUCUGGGGCAGCGGUUCUGGCAGCGGCCCUUGGCUCAUGGCCGACCUUGAGAACGGUCUGUUCUCUGGACAGGGUACGAAGCAAAACCCCGCCGAUCCUUCUAUCUACAACAGAUUCUUCACCGGCAUGGUAAAGGGUGAGCCAAACCAAUGGGCUCUUCGCGGUGGCAACGCUGCAUCUGGUUCUUUGUCAACAUACUACAGUGGCGCUCGUCCCACAGUUGGUGGCUACAACCCCAUGAGCCUUGAAGGCGCCAUCAUCCUUGGUAUUGGUGGUGACAACAGCAACGGUGCUCAGGGUACUUUCUACGAGGGAGUCAUGACCUCAGGCUACCCAUCCGACUCGGUUGAAGCAUCGGUCCAGGCCAACAUCGUUGCUGCCAAGUAUGCCACAACAUCGUUGAACACAGCACCCCUCACCGUGGGCAACAAGGUCUCGAUCAAGGUGACGACUCCUGGUUACGACACACGCUACUUGGCUCACAGCGGAGCCACUGUCAACACACAGGUUGUCACCUCAUCCAGCGCCACUGCCCUGAAGCAACAGUCCAGCUGGACUGUCCGCACUGGCCUGGGUAACAGCGACUGCUACUCUUUUGAGUCGGUCGACACACCCGGCAGCUUCAUCAGACACUACAACUUCCAGCUCCAGCUGAACAGCAACGACAACACCAAGGCCUUCAAGGAGGACGCAACUUUCUGCUCGCAGACCGGACUCGUGACUGGCAACACGAUCAGAUCGUGGAGCUACCCUGCCAAAUUCAUUCGUCACUACAACAACGUCGGAUACAUUGCUAGCAACGGAGGUGUUCACGACUUUGACUCUGCUACUGGCUUCAACAACGAUGUCAGCUUUGUGGUUGGAACCAGCUUUGCUUAG